AACAUCAUCAAACGCCAAAUGGCAUUUCAAAGGAUCCGGCCCACGGUUCAUCCAGCAUGUGACGUUUUCAUAAACCAUCGAGGGAUAGACACGAAGAGAUCAAUGGCCUCGUUGCUCCAUCUUCAACUUUCGAUGUCAAGAAUCCCUUCAUUCCUUGACAACAAGAACAUGAAACCGGGUGAUAAGCUUUUUGACCAUAUCGAUAAUGCUAUAAUGGGAUGCAAAAUUGGCGUCGCGGUUUUUUCACCUCGUUAUUGUGAAUCAUACUUUUGUCUUCACGAACUUGCUUUGAUGAUCGAGUCUGGCAAAAAAGUUAUUCCUAUAUUUUGUGACGUGAAACCUUCUCAACUCAAGGUUUCAGAUAACAAAAUAUGUACCGCGUCUGAGGCCAAAAGAUUCCGUUAUGCAAUUGAAGAGGCUAAAAAUACUGUAGGACUUGCAUUUGACUCAUCCAAAGGGAAUUGGUCGGAUGUGGUAACGUAUGCAACAGAAUUGGUUAAAGAAAGCUUGAUCGAGAUCAACAAUGAGGAAAAAGCAACUCGUCGCACUGAAAUCUUGUCUUGAACAUACAUCCAUCGGAACUUAUAAUAUGAUCAACAUUAUUUUAUGAAGAUUUGUUUGUUUGUUUUUUUUUUCUUAUUUUUAACUACAAUAAUAAAUAACUA